CGCACUCCACGCGCAAGUCAUGCCGUCUCCUUCGUGACGCCCGCGCGUCCGCCAGACCCGUCUCCACAUUAUCAUCCGUCCGAUCCUUUACUGCGCUGGAACCCUGCUGGCUCGAGCUGCUCCGCACAUCAUGGUGCUGCGGUGACACAGUGUCCACUAUGGGGGCCGUGCAGAGCGCUACGGGGACCUGGGGCGGCGGGGCGCAGGGUCCCGCAACGCCGACGUCGUGUUGUAAACAUCGUGCUAGUUGGGGGCGCUCCAGUAUUCCUACAAGCAACGUGCCCGGUCACCAAACGAGUGGCCCUCCAGCGCCGGGGACACUGCUGGCGAUGGAGUUGGAGAUUUCCAAGCUGAGGUCUUCCUUGGAGAGGAGGGACAGAGAGAUUUUGCGGCUCAACAGGGAAAUACACAAACUCAAGUCCGUGCUACAAGCGACGUCUAAAGAUGGCCGUCCUGACCUGCUGGCAACUAUCCACCAACACCAUUCUAUGGCGGGUCAGAGCAACCUGCAGAAGAAGCAGGGAGUGUCCGGGGAAAGUGCUACAUCUCGAAACCUCGUCCUCGACAUUGACGUCUCCCACCACCCUAAGGACUUCCGAUCCAAGCAGCUCAUCAAGGACGCCAUCAUGGAGAACGACUUCCUCAAGAACCUGGACUCCUCCCAGCUGCGUGAGAUCGUGGACUGCAUGUACCCGCAGCUCCUGGAAGCAGGAACGCUCGUCAUACGGGAGGGCGACGUCGGGUCGCAUUUAUACGUCUCUGCUGAGGGCGAGCUGGAAGUGGAAAAGGAAGAGCGUGUGUUGGGACGGAUGGGCCCAGGCAAGGCAUUCGGCGAACUCGCCAUCCUGUACAACUGCACCCGGACGGCCAGCGUGAAAGCUGUGACGACGGCCAAAGUAUGGGUGCUGGACCGGCGUGUAUUCCAGGCGAUCAUGAUGAAAACGGGUCUACAACGACAGGAGGAGAAUAUUCAAUUCCUCAGGAGCGUUCCACUGCUGCAGACGCUAUCGAACGAAAUUCUGGCGAAAAUGUCGGACGUGCUCGAAGUAGAUUUCUACCCACCAGGCGUUUAUAUCAUUCGACAGGGAACCUCCGGCGACACGUUCUUCAUAAUCAGCCACGGAAACGUCAAGGUCACGAAGCGAGUACCAGGAUGUCCUAACCGGGAAGAAGAAAUUCGUACGCUCGGAAGGGGGGACUACUUCGGUGAACAAGCACUCCUCAGGGAGGACAAACGAACAGCUAAUGUUGUUUCUCUGGAGCCAGGCGUAGAGUGUCUCGCCCUGGACAGAGACUCUUUUAUUCAGCUUAUCGGUGACUUGAGGGAACUGCAAGAUAAACAUUACGACGAUGGACUGCAACUCAGACCGCUCCAACAAAGGCUACCAAGUCGCACACUAGAGGUGGACACAGACGUAAAGCCUAUUCAGUUGGACGACCUCGAGGUUCUCGCCACAUUAGGUGUCGGGGGAUUCGGCCGAGUGGAACUAGUGCAGUACGUUCAAGACAGAUCACGCACGUUCGCGCUAAAGUGCCUCACCAAGAAGCACAUCGUAGAAACUCAACAGCAGGAACACGUCCUCAGCGAGAAGACGCUCAUGAUGUCGUGUCGCCAUCCUUUCAUCUGCCGCCUUUACAAGACGUUCCGGGACACUAAGUACGUCUACAUGCUCAUGGAGGCCUGCCUCGGUGGGGAGGUCUGGUCGCUGCUCAGAGACAGGGGUUCUUUCGACGACAGUACGACUCGGUUCUACACGGCGUGCGUUGUAGAAGCGUUGCAGUAUUUGCACGACAAGGGAGUCAUCUACAGAGACUUGAAACCAGAGAAUAUGGUUCUGGACUUUGCCGGAUAUGCAAAGCUGGUAGACUUUGGAUUUUCGAAACGCGUUCCAGCUGGCCAAAAGACGUGGACCUUCUGCGGUACGCCGGAGUACGUGGCUCCAGAGAUUGUCCUCAACAAAGGCCACGACCGUGCUGUCGACUUCUGGUCCGUGGGUGUGCUCAUGUACGAGCUACUGGUGGGAACGCCGCCCUUCGCUGCAGACGACCCAAUGAAGACGUACAACAUUAUACUGAAGGGGAUCGACAUGCUGGACUUUCCCCGUCACCUAACACGGAACGCUGUGUCACUAAUCAAGAGGCUGUGCCGCGAAAAUCCCGCUGAGAGGCUGGGCUAUCAGCGGGGCGGCAUUAUGGACAUCAAGAAACAUAAGUGGUUCCAAGGAUUCGAUUGGGACGGUCUACAAUCUCGUACCCUUCACCCGCCGCUGGAACCGCUGGUACGAGGGCCUACGGACAGCUCUAACUUCGAUGUGUACCCACGCAAUAUGGAGGUCCCGCCUGAUGAAACCUCCGGAUGGGACGACGACUUUUGAGAUACGGUAACACCUAGCAGCACAGACUACGAGCCGUUUGUACAGGGGUCUCCUGAGGAUAGGCUUCGAUAACACCACCGAGCCAAGGGAGGCUCCACCGCAGAAGCCCGAACUGGAAGGUCUUCCUAAACCGAAGAGUCGACGAUUCUUGACUACAACAUACAGUGCAUUGUGUAGGGGGCGCUUUGUUGGUAACUAACGCAAGAAAAGGGGGACCAGCCAAUAAAAGUUGUCCAAAGCUGUUGACCAUA